UAGUGAAACAGCCGAAUCAUAUACAUGGUUAUUACGAACAUGGCAAGAGGCAAUGCUUGGUCGUGCUCCCUCAACUAUAAUUACGGAUGAUGACAAGGCGAUGGCAAAGGCCAUUGGAGAGGUACUCCCGAAUACAAUUCAUAGACUGUGCUUGUGGCAUAUUUUACAAAAGUUCCCCGAACACUUGGCUCAUGCAUAUAACAAAUAUCCGGACUUUCAAAAAGAUUUCCGUCAUUGCAUCCAUGAGACAAUUACAACUGAGGAGUUUGAGCAGGAAUGGGCUUUGAUACUAGUGAAGUAUGAGUUAGGAGAAAAUGCUUGGCUGCAAAAUCUUUAUGCCCGACGGGAUAAGUGGGUUCCGGCGUACUUACGUUCAACAUUCUGUGCUGGUAUGUCAACAACUCAAAGGAGUGAAAGUAUGAAUAAAUUUUUCAAAGACUAUGUCAAAUCAAGCACUAUGGUUAGUGACUUUGUGCAUCAAUAUGAAAAAGCUAUAGAUGCACGUUAUUUCAAAGAGAAAGAGAAGGAUGUGCGGACAAAAUCUACACGGGCGAUAAUGAAGACACCUCUUAAAAUUGAAGAGGAGGCGGCAAUGGUUUAUACAAGAAAGUCCUUCAUGAUCUUCCAAAAUGAACUUUUCGAUAGUCUACGAUACCAAGCAAGAAAAUUAUCAAAAGAGGGUGAGACCAAGACAUAUGGAGUCAAUGCUUAUGGUAAAGAAACACCUCUUUACCAUGUGACGCUUGAGGGUGAUGAAGAACAUGCAACAUGUACUUGCCAUAAGUGGGAGUUUAUGGGAAUUCUUUGUAGGCAUAUAUUGUGUGUUGUUGGGAAGAAAAUGAAGUUAGAUAGAUUGCCACAACAUUAUGUGCUAGAAAGAUGGACUAUUAAUGCUAAGAGCCGACCCAUUCCUGACAUACCAUCUCCUGAAGGGCAUAUUCGGGAAGGACUAGAUGAGCCUACGAUGAGAAAAACCAAAACAAUGUUACAACUUUACGACAUUGUCGAACUAGGCUCACAGUCAGUAGCGAAACAUAAUCACCUCACAUAUGCAUUGGAGAAGGUUCACAAAGAGUUACUUGAGAUGGAGGAUAAUGUAGAAUGUUCACGAGCAUGCGAACCAACGAAAGAUUAUCACAACAUGGGAAGUCAAGUUAUAUCGAACUUCUCACAAACGGUCCAGGAUCCUCCAAGGGUGCCAACAAAAGGACGUCCAAAAUCUUUGAGAGCGAAGAACCCAAAAGAAACACAUGCGACGAAGAAGAGACACUGUAGCAUUUGCAAGAAUGAAGGGCAUGCUAAAAACAAUUGUCCGUCGGUGAGGGAUAUUGGGCCAACAAUUGACAACAUAUCGCAACACGUUGAUCCAUAGUGCUAUAUUUAUGGGAGAUUAUGUGGGUGGAAGCUUGGGAAGAGUGGGCAUGUUGAUUCUGAGCUAGUAGUAGAGUUCUUGGGAAAUUACAUGUUUAUUGAAUUGUUUUGUUAAAUUUUGUUAAAUUGGUAGAUGGAGGUUGUUAAAUUCCGAAUAG